UUUACACAAUCCACUUUACAAAAAGCAGCUAAAACAGCGUCGUUUCGAGAAUGAGCAAAGCAGGCAACUUCGGCGGAGGCCUGGGAUAUUCCCACAAAGACUGGCCGAAACACUUUCCACCAAUCCCAAGGAACCAGUUCCAGAAAAGUGGUAACCAGUCUUUGUACGAAGUGAAGGAGACGAAGACCGCACGCGUUACGAGGGUGGACACACCUGGGUGCACCGUGUCAAGCCUCAUCUACUGGAUCGACGGCAAAAACCUCCACUUCUUCGCCGACGAACCCGACAUUCCCGAGUACCGCUACAACGGACGCAAAUACGGAGGGACGAUGGUUUUCGAUCCGGUGGCUUACGAGAUGAAGAAAGCUAGGGCUAAGCUUGUCAAUGGAGUUCUGUGGGUCACCGUUCCCAAGAUCACGGGCGUGAAUGCCAAGACGGUUACCAUUGAGAAGGUCAAGAAUCUCAAGAUCACAAGAGACGACGCGGUUUGAUGAUGGCCCGUACGUACGUUUUUGUCUUUAUCCGACGUGUCUCUUGCCUCGUUAUGGUGUCUAGGGUUUAUGGGUCUAGUCUUCUCUGGUUUUUAAUAAAUGUGUCUCUGUGACGUGGACUUUAUAUCCUAUCCGCGUGUCGUGUCUAUUGCCCUCUCGUUAUGGUGUCUAGCUAGGGUUUAUGGGUGUAGUCUUCUCU